AAUUUUUCAACUGAGCAACUUUGAAAAAUGGCUCAAAAAUCGGCUUUAAUCAUAUUGGCGGCCGAAGGAGCUGAGGAAAUGGAGGUCAUUAUCACUGGAGAUGUACUUGCUCGUGGUGAAAUUCGUGUGGUUUAUGCCGGAUUAGAUGGAGCCGAACCGGUAAAAUGUGCUCGCGGAGCCCACAUCGUGCCAGACGUCAAACUCGAAGACGUGGAAACCGAAAAAUUCGAUAUUGUGAUUCUUCCAGGCGGCCAACCGGGCAGCAACACGUUGGCUGAAAGCCUACUUGUCCGCGAUGUUCUCAAGAGCCAAGUAGAGUCUGGUGGGCUGAUUGGAGCAAUUUGUGCAGCUCCAAUUGCACUCUUGAGCCAUGGAGUCAAGGCAGAACUUGUGACAAGUCAUCCAAGUGUUAAGGAGAAACUCGAGAAAGGAGGCUACAAGUACUCGGAGGAUCGUGUUGUUGUCAGUGGCAAAAUCAUCACCUCUCGUGGACCCGGAACUGCCUUCGAAUUUGCGCUGAAAAUUGUGGAGCUGCUUGAGGGAAAGGACAAGGCCACCAGCCUUAUUGCUCCGAUGCUCCUGAAGCUCUAAUUCUUCCCGUUUUUUUUUCGCUGAAUUUCCUCUUGGUUUAUUGUAUAUUCGUCACAAUUUCACGUUUUUCCCACACCUAUAAAUUAUACAUUUCUUUUUUAAAUAAAAAAUCUAGAAA